UUGCUGAAAUAAUUUGAUAUUCUCAAGGAUCUUGUGUUGACCUUGUACCAUUUGGGAACAGUUUAAAUGUGCGGUUAAUGAGCUGACAAUGUUUGAUUGAGCAAAGAAGGACUUUAUCAGUGCUAGGACUGAUGGACUGAUGGAGGCUCGACGCAGAGGCAAGACCCGUCAAGAGAAUAAUUUGAGCAGUUCUUCGGGAAGCUCGGACACAUGCAGAGAUCUAGCAAAGAAGCACCGGGGAGACGGACCGUCCGGGAACUCUUCAUCAAACAGGCUCAUGGUGGCUGGUUUAUUGUUGGCGGGGGUGAUGGGACUCUUCCAUGCCUGGUAUGUUUACUCAAUCCACGAGAAUCUACUUUGGUUUUCCCAGUUAGAGGAAGUCGAGCGGGAAAUCUCCUUUCGGACGGAAUGUGGCCUGUACUACUCCUACUACAAACAGAUGCUGAAAGCCCCGUCUGUACUAGAAGGUCUGUCUGAGCUCAUACAUGACAACGCUACCGAGUCGAUGACGACCAUUAAUAUUCUACAACGUAUGAACAUCUAUCAGGAGGUGUUUCUGAGCAUCCUGUACCGGAUUCUGCCCAUUCAGUCCUACCUGGAGCCAGUGUACUUCUACAUCUACACUGUGUUUGCUCUACAAGCCGUGUAUGUCCUAGCUCUCUUCCUCACCAGUUGGCUACUCAGUGACACAUGGCUGGCUGGGGCACUUGCUGCCUUCUGGUAUAUCAUCAACAGAGUAGACACCACGCGUGUGGAGUUCACGAUUUCUCUGAGAGAGAACUGGUCUCUGCCGUUCUUCGCACUGCAGGUCGCCGCCAUCACCUGCUAUCUGCGUCCGCAGCUAAAACUGCACCAACAGAGGGUGGUGCUGUGGCUGGUGUUCGUCUGCACCUUGUGUUUCUGUCUGACAUGGCAGUUUAAUCAGUUCAUCCUGCUGGUGCAGGCCCUUCUUAUCUUCACUCUGGACUCGCUGGACUUUCUAACGGCCGAUCAGGCGACGUCCUUGUACCUGGUGCAGGUGAUAAGUCUGCUGUGCGUGUGGUUGCUCCAGUUCUGCAACUCCAUGAUUCUGGGUUCACUGGUGCUCAGCUUCAUCGUGUCUGUACUCGUCAUCAAACACUUCCAGACGGGGCUGAAGACGGGAGGUUUCCUUGUGCGUGUAGCAAAGCUGUCUCUCCACGCGCUCCUGGUGCUCGCGUUAACCUUCGUCAUCAAUAAUUUAGCCAAGAAGGCCCUGCAGCUGAGAUCAGACGAGCACAUCUUUAAGUUCAUAAAGGCCAAGUUUGGCUUAGGGGCCACGAGGGAUUUUGAUGCUAGUCUGUAUCUGUGUGAGGAGGCGUUCGGCUUAUUACCUCUAGACACGUUCGAGCGUUUGGCUGCUACUCUGUUGGUGUACCCUUACCUCUGCACUCUCUUGGUCCUGCUCAUCAUACUGGCACUUGCUGCCUUUACCAACCUCAGGGACUUUGGAGCCGGACGAGCAUCCGGAUACCAAGAGAAGGCAGCCAUCAGCAUGCGGCCAGACGUCGCCUACAACCUCCUACACACAGUCCUCUUUGGCCUGCUGGCUUUCUCCACCAUGAGGAUGAAAUAUCUGUGGACGGGUCAUAUGUGUGCCUUUGCUGCCUUCGGGGUGUGCGGUAAAGAGGUGUGGACGCUGUGUCUGCGAGUCAUCCACUGCAACACCGAAGGAAAGCUCAGGCUGAUCAGAUACUCCGUUCCCAUUGUUCUCCUGACGUUCCUUUGUUACAAGUUCUGGCCCAGACUGACGGAAGAACUUUCCGAGCUCCGAGAAUUUUAUGACCCUGACACUGUGGAGCUGAUGACGUGGAUCAGCUCCGACACCCCCAGGCGUGCAGUGUUCGCGGGCAGCAUGCAGCUGCUGGCGGGGAUAAAGCUGUGCACGGGCAGAGCGCUCACCAAUCACCCGCACUACGAGGACCGGGCACUGCGCGAGAGGACCAGGCAGGUGUACCAGAUUUACGCUCGGCAGUCCGCCCAGGAGGUGCACAGGCUGUUGCGCUCCGUAGGAGCCGACUACGUGGCGUUAGAGGACAGCAUCUGUCACGAGCGUCGCCACAGCCGCGGCUGCAGACUCAGGGACCUGCUCGACCUGGCCAACGGACACGUCAUGGACGGGCCCGGGGAGAACGAGCCGGAUCUGACGCCGUCCCCUCACCCUCGCUUCUGCCAGGCGGUGAAGAGCGGCGAAGCUCCGUACUCCGGCCUCUUCACCCGCGUCUUUCGCAACAAGACCUUCGACGUGUACAAGCUGAAUAAAGCCAAGAAGAAGAAGAACGGCGGGACGGACGGAGGUGCGUAGACGGCGGCCCGGGAGGACGGCGAGUCGGCGGAGGCGGUGGGACCGCGUCGCGCGCGUCUCGCGACGGAGAGGCGACCGCCCCGACCCGGACGGGCGGACGGCGGGCCGACGGGGCGGCGGACGAGACCCCCGUCGAACCGCGCCACGCGAAGCGGCGAGAGGUCACGUUUGAAGGAGCGCGCGAAGAGUGUUUUUUCAUCCUUUCGGUUUGUUUUUCGGUGUCGUUUGUUCUCUCUCUUGUACGUCGGUCGUUUACGUGCGUUAAGUUCGGUGUGUUAAUAAAGUGUCUCCUGUAACACUC